GGUCCAGGUCACAGCAGCAGACGUGAGAGCACUCACUGCCCGGUAAGUGGGCGGUCGAGUUACCGGUACAUAUGAUCAGCCACCGUCUAUUCGAUUAUUUAUUUUCGAUUUGGCCAACGCUGGAUUCAUUGUUCUCUUGCAUGAAUUGACCUGAUCAUAGGGUGAAAGCCAAAGCAACAUCAAAUUGGCGAAGAGAACAGUUUGCUAAUCAUAAUUUUGUGUUAAAAAUUCAAAGCAGGAAAGAGAGGGUGUAUAUAUAACAAUAUAUUUUAUUUUCUUGUGUUUAUUUGUUUCAUCGUACGUGUGUUUUUGGCGUUGCUCCUGGGUUCUUGCGAUUGCCAAAGGUUUAAUCAAUUCUUAAAUAAACUUUUCUUUUUAUUGUUAUUCCCUACGCAGUAAGAACACAAGAAGCAAUCUUAUUAUUCGUAUUAAAUUUCCUAACGAAGUUUAACUCUGUUCGUACAUGAUCAAAAUAAUAAUGUUGUAGCGUACAGACAUACUUUGUUUUGUUGAUGGGUGAAGACAGAGUUAAUCUCUGAACGAUUUUAACUUUCAAAGCACGGCUCCAUUGUUCUGCCCCAGACAGGUUUUUAUCUACGAGAACGAUCAUAUCAAAUGUACAGUGAGCAAUACAUUCAGAAUAUUUAAGGAGAAGGCUAUGUUAUGCUGUAAGCAAGACAUGAUUUAGUCGGUGAUGAACUUAACAAAUCAAAGAAAAACCAAGCCGUUGAUGAGAAGAAUUUCCUAAAAGAGUAUUUGAUUUCCCCUGAAGUGCGUGGUGGCUGUUCUGGAGUUAUUUUGAUGUGAGGAGGAUACAUUCCAGGCACAGACAAAGGAAGCUGCAUCAGAGAAAGAGCAUCAUGUCUAUAAAUGACGUGUACCUACCAAACCCUCUGCCUGUUCUGCUGAUGGCGCCCAUAAAUAUGACGUCACCGAUGCUCAAUUCGACAAUGACGCCAAUGGUAGCAGACGACAACAGAACGUUGAACAUCACGGAAGACUAUGUCUACAUGAACCAGAACUUUCACAACGUAGCCAUUAUAGCAGCAAGGUACGUCCAACCGGCUGUGUGUGUCUUCGGUAUUCUAGGCAACUUGGUGUCCUUCGGCGUGUUCAUGACCCGGAAGAUGCGCACAGUGAGCACAAACGUGUACCUGUCUGCGCUGGCUGCCAGCAACUUUUUAUUUUUAGUGUCGCUCAUGCUCACCUCUGACACAAUCGGAAUACAGGUGGUCCACAUUAACGGUAUCUGCCAGUUCACAAUCUACGUCAGUUAUUGCUGCAG